AUGGAACGAGAUGAACAGGACCAUCCCACCAGCAUAUCCGUUCAGUGGAAGGAGCUCGACAACGACGAGAUCGCCUCAGUCGCCUCUGAGGACCUGCACAAGAACCGCCCCAACCGCUGGCGCGGCGCCAAAUCGACAUGGCGCGCCCUGACCGAGGAGGAGCGUCGACUGUGGUGGUCGAUGAGGCGGUUAGGCGACCAGGAUCUAAGCAUACACCUGUACAAUGCCUUUGCCCUCAAGAAGCAAGGGAAAGACCCGGCCACGGCACAGGACCUCACAGUUCAGAGGGAGAACGGUGAGAAUGUCGUCUGGGCCCCCCCAAAGUCAUGGACGGCGUGGCCGCUCGGCGACGGCCGACUACCAGAGGAGGACUUCGUGGCGCGGCAGGACGACGACGGCAAUGACAGAUUUACGUUUCGCAAGAAGGAAGUCAAGAUGCCCAGCAGUGACCUGCACGACGAGCUCGACGCUACCAUUCUGCGCAUGGCCAAGAAGCGCUUCCUGCGGCGGAAGAAGCGAUGGGACGCGAAGCGGCAGUCCAUCGUCGAUGCCGGCGACGAGUACCAAGAGGAGGAGCCUCGCCGCCGCUACCGCCAACAAGCAAGAUGGGGCAGUGUCCCACGAACAUUCGAGCCCACCGUCCUCGCAAACGAUGACUACGCCCACCGGCUCCUAGCGCCGUCUGUCCGCCACACGCUCACUCGUCUGGACUCGACACUGCAAAUCCUACACUACACGCGCGCCACGGCCGGCAAUGACUCCGAGUCGUCCACGGGCGACGACACGGACCACUCGCAGCCUACCACGCCUCGGCGCCACAAAAGACCACGGAUCAGCACGGCGGAGCUGCAGCAGCAGCAGCAGCAGCAGCAGCAGCAGCCAAAGAUGACGAGACGCGGUCGCCCUCGCAAAGCCCAGAUUCCCCUUGAGGGCGAGACGCGCGAGGAGAUGGAGCUCCGCAUAGCACGCCAGAACCACCGGCGUCUUCCGCCCAAACAAGACGCCCUCAGCUUCGAGGAGUGGCUCCGCCAGGGCGACGAGAGGCGAGCUCGAGGACAGGAAGAAAAUGGCGUUCACAACGGCGACGACGACGGCAGCAGCGACGGAAGCAAAAGAAGCAACGCAGACGAGAAGCUACCCUCUGCAUCUACAAGAUCUACCGCCGCCUUCGCCGCCGUCAACAGAGACAGACGCCUGGGUCUUCGCGACUGGAGCGACGUCAUCGGCGCCGCUUCCCUGGCAGGCUUCCACCCUUCCGUGAUCGCCCGCACGGCAAAGCGGUGCGCCACCUUAUUCGGCGAGACCAUGACGGUGCGCACUCUGCACGAGGUCCCCGUCUCGCGCGGGACGGGCGUACAGACUGUGCACCACGAGCCAAGCGUGCCCGACAUGGCACCUCUCUCCUCCGCCAAUGAGGACGAGGUCGACAACUACUCGUCGUCGUCAUCUGCGGCAUCGACCGUCUCUCGCCGCAGCCACAGCCGCAGCUACAGUCGCAGCCGUAGCCGCCUCCGUCGCACGACGACUACUUCGCGCCAGGGUUCCCGGGCACCUACAUCGCCGCCGCCGCGCUUCGGGACGCCCUCGUCCGCGCGCGCGCGGUCGCGUUCGCGCUCCGCCUCGGCAGGCCAGUUGCACUUCUGCCCUGUCCUCGGCUGUCAGCGUGCAGCCAGGGGUUUUCCCCGUCGGGCCAACCUGAGACGACACAUGACCCUCGUGCAUGGCGGCGGUGGCGGCGGCGGCGGCGGCGAGGACGGCGUCGUCGGAGCUGGUAAUCAUGUUCCCUCGUCGCCGGGCGGAACCACCAUUAAUUCGGCUGGCGUCGACAGCGACGACGAGGUCGUCGGUGCGGUGCACGUAGAUGGCUUCCUCCGAGCCGUGGUCCCCGGUCGUGGGGGGUGGCAGAACGCGCCUGCGAGUGCUACGGCCAGAAAGCGCAGGAGGGUGCGCAGGAGGAGAGGGCGGAGUGGUAGUGAAGACGAUAGUGACGAAGCCGAGUACGACGGUGACUCUGAUUAG